UCUGAUUCCUUUCCCCGAAGAACCUGUCCUCUUUAGUCAUUUCAAUUUGCCUUUGUCUUUCUCUCUCCUCUUCCAGCUCUGUUCUUCUCUGUCCCUCGAGCUCUGAGAAUUCUCUCUCUCUCUCUCUCUCUCUCUCUUCCCUGGAGCUCUGGCUUUUCCUUCUCUGAAAUACCAUUUCGAUUUCAACGUUCAAACCCGUUUCGUGAGCUAACAGGUCAAAAAACGAAAAUAUUCGAAAAUCUUCGCGGAAAAUUGAAGGGGUUCGUGGACAGGUCAAAACAGAAAUUUUCCGUUCAGUCAGACCUACGCGAAGUUUCUCUGUUGGGUAACGUUACGGGAGUGUUUUGUACUACAGGCUUUUCUUCUCCUUCCUUGUGAAGAAAACUUUCGCCGAGGUUGCCCACCAGACGACCUGCGUUGCGUUGAGAUGUGUUGUCGUUCUGUUUUCUUGAGAUUCACGUUAUAAUGCGGAGAAGUUGACAGAUUAUCUCGCGCGAUUUCUAGGUGAUAUUUUGAAGAUGGAUUCGGUAAAACCAUCGGCGGUGACACCAUCAAAGAGCAAACUUGCAAGAACAAUAGCCAAAGUUCUUAAUCUCCGAACAGCAACUGGGGUUGCUCCGGUGGAUGGGAUUCAACGCAAGGUGAAGAAGUCCCAAGAGAUUGGAAUCCAAAAGGUGAAGAAGUACGACCAAUUUGCUAGUAAAAGCAAGAAGGGUCAGUCUCAGUCUCGGUCUUUCGAGCUUGAAGAUGAAGAAGAGCUUCAAGACAGAAUGGCUCUUGAAGCACUCGUUGCGAAGCUCUUUGCCAUCAUUUCAUCCGUCAAAGCUUCCUAUGCGCAAUUGCAAUACUUUCAAUCUCCAUACGACCCAGAUGGGAUUCGAGACGCCGAUCAAUUGGUCGUCUCGGGAUUUAAGAACUUGUCGGAAUUAAAACGCUGUUACUUGAAGAAACAGUUCGAUCCUUCCCCUGAAACAGCUAUGCUUUCGGCCGAAAUCGAAGAGCUAAAGAGCGUACUCAAAACGUACGAAAUCAUGGGGAAGAAAUUGGAAUCCCAAGCGAGACUCAAAGAUUCCGAGAUUACAUUUCUUAAGGAGAAAUUGGAGGAAGCUAAUAGACAGAACAAGUUGCUCGAGAAGAGACUGAACCAGAGUGGUCAGCUUUAUGUCCUUGACAAUCUUCAUCUAUCUGGGUUGAACUCGAGCCAUUUCAUUACUGUUCUAAAGCACACUGUGAAAUCCAUCAGAACCUUCGUGAGGUCGAUGAUGGAGGAGAUGAAAUCCGCCGGUUGGGAUUUCGAUGCCGCGGCCUCUGCUAUAGAACCCGACGUCGUUUAUUGGAAAAAGGAACAUACGUGUUUCGCUUUCGAAUCGUUCGUUUGCAGAGAAAUGUUCGAUUCUUUUUGUCUACCAAAUUACUCUGUUCCGAACGAAUUGUCGUUGACGCCGGAGAAGAAGAAGAAACAGAGAGAGGCAUUCUUCAGGAGUUUCAUGGAGUUGAAGUCCAUGAAAGCUAAAGAGUAUCUGGCAGAGAAUCCCAAAUCGGCGUUCGGGAAUUUCUGCCGGGUCAAGUACUUGCAGGUGGUUCAUCCAAAAAUGGAGUCUUCUUUCUUUGGAAAUCUGAACCAGAGGAAUCUGGUCGAUUCCGGCGAGUUUCCGACGUCGAAUUCGUUCUUCGCAUCGUUUUCCGAGAUGGCGAAACGGGUUUGGGUCCUACAUUGCAUGGCGUUCUCGUUCGAAACGGAGGCUAAAAUCUUUCAAAUAAAAAAAGGGUGUCGUUUUUCCGAAGUUUACAUGGAAAGUGUAGCUGAAGAAGAACCUAUCUUUUCGUCGUCGUAUGAUCCCCAAGUGGCUUUCACUGUCGUUCCCGGAUUCAUCAUUGGUAAAACCGUGAUACAGUGUCAGGUUUAUCUAGCUCAGUUACAAUCCGAGAGGCCAAGACUCAGCCGUUGAUCAUAGUCAUCCCAACGGGUAGUGAUCAAUUAUUGGACCCCACAUGAUCACAUAGAUAAUAACCAUUUUUUAUUAUAAAAAAAAUGAUGGAAAUUCGAAGUUGGGUCAGUAGCAGAGCAUGUUUUGUCCAUAUUUUGGAAUGGGAAAAAACGCGUGGGAAGUUGGACCAUUUUGUGGGGGAAUUACGACUUAUUUACCUUAUAUUAAAUAUUAUUUAGUUUUUA